AUGCUGUAUAAUUCUUCUGCUUUCCCAAUACUUAAAAUUGCUGAUUCUUUAGGAGCAGGCGACACAUUUAAUGCUGGAGUAAUCUAUGGAUUAACUCAAGGAUUAUCACCUGAUGUUUGUUUAAAAUUUGCGUAG